AUGGGUCCCGGAGGGCCGAUGGGUCCCGGGGGGCCGAUGGGUCCUGGAGGGCCGAUGGGUCCUGGAGGGCCGAUGGGUCCUGGUGGAAUGCCGCGGUCGGUGAUGAUGCCGCUUCGACCGAUGAACAUGCCACCGAUGAUGGGAUCGCCGGUGAUGUGUAUGCCACCACAUGGGAUGCCUCCACAUGGGAUGCCUCCGCAUGGGAUGCCUCCACACGGUAUGGGCCCACAUGGCAUGGCGCCGCAUGGCAUGGGCCCGCACGGCAUGGGUCCUGUGCCGAUGGGUGUGAUGCCGCGGGGUAUGAUGCCGCCUGGUAUGAUGCCUCCUCCGGGUAUGAUGCCUCCGGGUAUGAUGCCGACACCACGGUUGAUGGGGCGACCGGGGUCGGUGGCGGAGGUGCAGGCAGCGACGGAGGCGUUGCGAGAGCCGUUGAAUGCGGAGGUGCCGGCUUUCAGUUUUCUGGAGGGUAAGACGGCGGCUGACCGUCAGGUGUGGUGGUUGAAUGAGCAGGCGGUGGAGGUGCCACGGGCGGCAUUGUCUCGUUUCGUGUUAGCUGUGUUGCGUCGAUUGUACAUGUCUUACCGACCGGCUGACGGGUUGUCGCACAGUGCGGUGCGGGAGACGGCUCGGCGUAUGUUCGCGGCAUUGCAGGGUGCGGCAGCGGGACAGCGUGAGUUGUUGCGACGUGAGCCGUUGUUCAGGCGUCCAUUUGGACAUGUGGAUGCGAACGCGGCGUCGGCAGACUGGGCGUUCUGUACCCUGGCGCCCUUCGACGAAGAAGCCAUGUGGGGCCCGAGGGGCAGCGGCGACGGCUCGCUCAAACUUUUGCUGGAGGCUGAGUCCGAAGGCGAUGAAGGUCGCGAUGAUGGCUGGGCCUUCACAGAACGUAUUCUCAACAAGGCCGUCUGUGACUUUGGCGGCCCACUCGGUAUCAAGGCCGUCCGCAGGUCCGGACUCGGAUCUGACGCAGCCACCCUCGUCGCCAUCCUCGCAUCCGUGUUCAAAAACAGGGUCAACCGAAUACUCUACCUUUGCGAACAGGCCGGUAACUGUGACUGGUCAACCGUUGAGUCCUGUCUCGUCUCUGACAUCGUGCGUAACGAACUCCUCUUCGGCACCGACCUCACCGACAUUCAACUCGAAGAUGAAACACAAAGCGUCAACACCAACAAUGCAACCAGCGGCAAUGCCAAUGGGAGUGCUAAUGCCAACGCCAGCGGCAAUGCCAACAAGAACAAAAGACAGUCCACCGACCCCGGCGCCGGUUGA